GUUUCUUCUUCCUUGUUCUUUCCCUUCUAUCAUCCACAGGCCCGGGCAACCCAAAGCAAAGGAGACAGGCAUAAUGUCCCAUCAAACGGGCAUACAAGCUGCGGAGGAAGUGAAAGACAUCUUUGCUAAGGCGAGGAACGGAGCCUAUCGCCUGCUGAAGGUCGUCAUUGAGAUGGAGACUCUGGUGCUGGGAGGCACCAAGCAUGCGUCUAAGAAGUGGGACCAGGAGUAUGACGCCUAUGUGCUGCCUCUCCUACAGGAUGACAUGCCCUCCUACCUCCUGUACAGGCUGGACUCUACUAACAACCAGGGAUAUGAGUGGAUCUUCCUGGCCUGGUCACCUGACCGCUCACCUGUUAGACAGAAGAUGUUAUAUGCUGCUACAAGAGCUACACUGAAGAAGGAGUUUGGGGGUGGGCACAUUAAAGAUGAAAUAUUUGGCACAGUGGAGGAUGAUGUGUCUCUGAGCGGGUACAGGAAGUACCUGAUAGCACAGGCUGCUCCACAACCACUGACCGCUGCUGAGGAGGAGCUGAGGCAGAUCAAACUGAGUGAGGUACAGACAGACAUCAGUGUGGACACUAAGCAGCAGACGCUGACGGGCGUGGCCUUCCCUAUGCAACGAGACGCCAUCCAGGCUCUGGAACAGUUUAGAGAGAAGAGGAUCAACUACGUACAGCUGGAGAUAGAUUUUAGGAAUGAGUCUAUCAAGCUGUCCAGCACUACUCCUACAGAACUGAAGGAACUGCCCAAGAGGAUCCCCAAGGAUGCAGCCCGAUACCACUUCUUCCUGUACAAGCAUUCCCACGAGGGAGACUACCUCGAGUCUACAGUGUUCAUCUACUCCAUGCCGGGGUAUAAAUGUAGCAUCAGAGAGAGGAUGCUCUACUCCAGCUGUAAGAACCCUCUCAUCGAUACUGUGGAGAGCAACCUGCGCAUCCACAUAGCCAAAAAGCUGGAGAUUGAUAACGGUGAUGAGCUCACAGCAGAAUUCAUGUACGAAGAGGUCCACCCUAAGCAGCACGCACACAAGCAGGCCUUCCCCAAACCCAAGGGCCCCGCGGGGAAGAAAGGGGGGCGCCGGAUCACUAGACCACCAGGGGAUGGGGAAGAAGACUAAUAAAACACCCCUCCAUUUUAGUCCACAAUGGAACAUUCCACUUAGAAUAUAACCCUUUAUCUGAGUACGUCCCAAAUGGCACCCUAUUCACUUUAUAGUGCACUACUUUUGACUAGGGCCUAUAGGGCUCUGGUU